AUGACGGCCACAAUCCUUCCGCAAGGUGCUGGCUAUGGCGUCGUGGUCGGCAUCGGAUUAUUUUUCAGCGCACUUAUGAUCACCCUCACUGCUAUUCAAACGCGCUAUACGACCUUCUCGCUCAAGAGUCCCGACGAAUAUACGAGCGCUUCUCGGAGCGUGAAACCCGGUCUCAUAGCCUCGGGGAUUGUAUCUGCGUGGACAUGGGCUGCUACUUUGCUCCAGAGCUGUGCGGUAGGCUAUAAAUUCGGAAUCAGUGGUCCGUGGUGGUACGGAGCUGGUGCAACUGUUCAAAUUCUGCUGUUUGCCAUGCUCGCCGCAAAGUUGAAGAUGAACGCGCCAUACGCACAUACUUGGCUCGAAAUUGUUGGUAUGCGUUGGGGCCGCGCAGCUCACUUAAUUUUCAUGUUCUUUGGGCUCGCCACCAAUAUCACCGUUAGUUCAAUGCUCAUUCUUGGCGGUUCAGCCACAGUCACCGACCUUACGGGGAUGAGCACCGUUGCGGCUUGUUUCUUAAUCCCACUUGGGGUGGCAAUUUACGUCGCUGUUGGUGGCAUGCGGUCAACUCUACUCUGUGACUAUACCCAUACGAGCGUUCUAUUCGCCAUCAUCUUGACCUUCAUAUUUACCGUGUACUCUCUGAGUGAAAAAAUCGGAAGUGUUGACAAAAUGUACGAACUGCUUCAAAAAGCAGCAAUCGAGGCACCUGUUUCCGGCAAUGCCCAGGGAUCCUACACUACCAUGCGAUCGACGAAUGGCCUCGUUUUUGGUAUCAUCAACAUCGUUGGAAAUUUCGCGACGGUGUUCCAGGACCAGGCCUACUGGCAGAGGGCUAUCGCAAGUCGGCCAGCUAGCACCGUUCGAGCCUACUUGCUUGGCGGUCUUGCAUGGUUUUCCAUCCCAUUCACUUUCGCUACGACACUCGGUCUUGCCGCAGUCGCGCUCCGUGGGGACCCCGACAUGAGGGUGCUCACUCCUGCUGACGUGUCCGCUGGGCUUCCAGCAGCUGCAGCUGCCGCCGCUCUCCUCGGGAAAGCUGGCGCAGCAGCGCUGCUUGUUCUGCUGUUUUUAGCCGUCACCAGCGCAUCCUCCGCAGAGCUCAUCGCCGUCUCCACUAUCCUAACGUACGAUGUUUACAAGGCAUAUAUCAAUCCCAAGGCUACUGACGCCCAGAUCUUGCGCGUGAGCCAUGCCAUGGUCGCGUUCUAUGCACUGGUAUCUGGCAUAGCUGGGGUCAUAUUCUUUUACAUCGGCAUUUCCAUGGGAUGGCUCUAUACCUUCAUGGGCGUGAUCCUAGGAUCCGGUGUUGCCCCAAUCGCACUCUGUAUCACCUGGAAAAAGGCAAACAGACUUGGCUGCCUCUCGGGGACCGUCGUCGGCUUCGUUGCAGGGAUCGUCGCCUGGUUGGUGACUACUGCUAAAUUAAAUGACGGCGUUAUCAACGUCGAGACCAGUGGCGGCGACUUCGAAAUGCUUGCUGGGAAUGUAACUUCCAUCGUUGUGGGCGGAUUAUUUGCCGUCGUUACGUCUUUGGUUUGGCCCGAUGAUUUUGACUGGGGAUCUACCCGCGCAAUUAAUAAACCUGUUAACAUCGAUACUCCAUCAUUGACACAGACUGAUACUCGUGCUGGAAGCCCUGAGCACAUCCCUCUGGACGUGAAGAGGACGACAUGGACAGGUGAAGACACGCAAGAAUCAGUGCGCACCCAUACGAGGAUCCAGGCUUUCACGCAACAAGAGGAGUUGAGAGAACUGAACCCAGUUACUCUCCAAGCUGCGUUCAAGUUCGCGUCGUGGUCUUCCCUCACUUUGUUUGUCCUCCUGAUUAUCCUCAUCCCUCUACCACUAUUUUUCUCUGGCCUUGUGUUCUCGCCGAGUGGCAUGCUUGCUUGGGUGAUCAUGGGCGUUGCCUGGACCAUCUGCUCCGCCGUUAUUGUGGUGAUCUAUCCCGUAUACGAAAGCAGAGAUGCCAUGGCUCAGAUUUGCCGCGGUGUUGUUCACACCCGAGAAGAGCUACAAGGGUCCCUGCCUGAUUAA